CUUUUUUCUGGGUCUUAUGGCUUCCGUAGCGAGUUUGAGUUUGGAGAUGGUCUUUAGGAAGGGUGUUGUCUGAGGUUUUGGAUUUCUUAUAUGGGUUAGUAAAACCAAAGAUGAGUUAUUAUGCUAACUGCAUUUCUAAUGUUGUAAUUAUUUUAAGCCUUCAAUCAUUUAAAAAAUUGACAACCUAGCUGCUUCAUCAAAACUGUCUCAAUUCUGGUGAGUGCUGGUGCACAAAAUGAGCACAUGUUGGUGGACCAGAUUAUGCUUUUUGUCAAAAUGAAUCACCUCUUUCAUAGUCUGUUUUCACGGAUACACGGGUCACCACACUGACUGGGACAGUGAAAAAAAGAUGUUUUGAGAAUAAUUUUCCUGGAGUGGUAAUGCAUUAAUCUUUAUUUUCUGCUGGACCACCAUUCGUCCGUAAAUUUCCAUUUUCAGUUUUCUCCCUCAUGGACCCAUUGAUACAGCAAAGACAACAGGUCACUUCACUAUUUCUUUGAACUGUUCCUAAAACAGGUUCUGUUGUGUGGUUUUGUGAAGGAAAAAUUUUGAUAGGUAUAAUUUCACAUGCCAUGGUUGGACCCAAUAACAUUAUUUUCAGGGUUUUGGUUUACCUAAAUCUUUGUGGUAAGGUGGCUUAGUAGAUUUAGGCAUGCAUUACUUGAAUACUUGAAGAAUGCAGAAGCAGAGGAAGUGGAAAAUCAAUAAAGUGAAAAAUUGCUGCACCUGGGGCAUAUUCCCAUCUUAGAUGUUGUAUCAAAGUUGUUGAGAAUAAAGCUUUGGAUUCAGUAGCCUUUAUCUCUCUUUACUCAGUUGGUAUAGUCUUGUAAGGAGAACAAAUGCCGCGAGCAAGGGGGUCAGAGAUAUCUCAAAGGCCAUCUCCUCGAGGCCCACAUCCACUCAGGACUUCAAGUUCUGAUUCUGAUCCAGUGCAUCAUCGACCAAUCACUGACAGGAGCCCCAAGCUAGGUGACCGUCGUUCCCCAAGAGGUGCACAAUCUGACCCUGUAAACCAGAAGAAACUUGGAACCCGCCUUGCAGAUCUAGAAUCUCAACUUGGGCAGGCACAAGAAGAGCUAAAGAUUCUAAAAGAGCAAUUGGCUUCAGCUGAAGCUGCAAAGAAAGAAGCUCAAAAAGAGUUGGAGAAGAAAACAAAAAAACCGCUUGUUCCAGAACCAGAAGACAUUCAAAAUAAGCAACCUCCAAAGGGAAUUGAAGAAUCAAUUAAACCAAACAGCAGUGCUACGGAAGAAGUUGUUGAUGAAAACCAUAGGGAAACUGACGUUUUUGAAGUUCCAGUAGAAAAACUGACAGUUGAACCCAGAGUUGAAACUAGCCAACUGUCUGAAGAGGCUGAAAAAGAGACUAAACUAAUUAAUGUAUCUACGGAAACUCCAAUAAUGUUGGAGCCAGAAAAACCAGACUUCCAAGAGUUGGCUAUAAAGGAUGAGGAGAUAAAUAUGCUAAAAGCAAAAUUACAAGAGAAGGAAAAGGAAGUAGAGGUGUUUGGCCAAGCAAAUGAGAGUUUGAAGAAUCAACUAAAUGAAGCUACAUCAAACAUCUCCUCUGCUCAAGCCAAGGAAGAGGAAAUGACCCUGAAGUUGAACCAACUUGAAGCAGAGCUGGAAGCAAGUAAAGUGAAUGCAGCUCAACUGACUGAGCAGCUGAAAGCGGUAGAAGGAGCGAAAGAGGCAUUAGAAGCAGAGAUGAAGAAAAUCAGAGUACAGACUGAACAGUGGAGAAAAGCAGCAGAUGCUGCAGCAGCAGUGCUUGCUGGGGGUGUGGAGAUGAAUGGCAGGAUUGCUGAGAGGUGUGGCUCCAUGGAUAAGCACUUUGGUGGUAGUUUUGAGACACCAGGUGGUGGAUAUGCUGGUUUUGUAGGGUCACCUGCUGAUGAUUUGGAUGAUGGUUUUGGCAGUGGAAAAAGGAAAGGUUCUGGGAUCAGAAUGUUUGGUGACUUGUGGAAAAAGAAAGGCCAGAAAUAGAUAUCUUUCACUCGAUUUUCUGGCUCGAUGCUGAGCAUCAAAAACCCUUUUUUGCACUGCUGAUGUUACAUUGAUGAAACAACUUCUUACUGUUUCACAUGUGGGGGGCAUCAGUUUGGAUUCUACCUGGUUCUGUUUAAGGCCUGUAUAAUGUUUUGAAGUAAUAUUAAUAUGUCGUACUUAAUUUAUGGUUAAGAUAUGAAUCUCUUCUAUAAGAAGCUGGGACAUUUUGCAGGCACCCUGCCUGAAAAACAGGUUCUCAGACAUUGUGUUCUGUAAUGUGGUAAUUUAAUCCUUUCCUUGUCCAUGCAUCUAGAA